AUGACUUUUACGGUUCGAGAACCAGUCCCCAUGUCCCGUCUGGAUGGCAAGGUGGCCAUCGUGACGGGCUCUGGACGAGGCAUCGGUCGCGGCAUCGCCAUCGAGCUGGGGAAACGUGGCGCCAAUGUCGUCGUCAACUACUCCCGAAGCUCCAAGCACGCCAACGAUGUGGUCGGCGAGAUCGCAGCCAACGGCUCCCAGGCAAUCGCCAUUCAAGCCGACAUCUCCAGACCAGAAGAGAUCGCGCAGCUGUUUGAAAAGGCCCUGGCGCACUUUGGCCACGUCGACAUUGUCGUGUCCAACUCCGGGCGCGAGCACUUUGGCAGCAUCGACCAAAUCACGCCCGAGGCCUUCGACCAGGUCUUCGCCCUCAAUACGCGCGGGCAGUUCUUCGUCGCGCAGAACGCGUACAAAUUCCUCCGAGAAGGUGGCCGUCUGAUGAUGAUGUCGUCCAUCUCGGCCCACGUCGGCAUGAAGGAGCAUGCCCUCUACGCCGGCAGUAAGGUGGCCGUCGAGGCCUUUGGGCGCUGCCUGACCAAGGAGUUUGGACACAAGAAGAUCACUGUCAACGUCAUUGCGCCCGGUGGCGUCGACACCGAUAUGGCCGCCGAGGCGGGCUGGAAGUAUAUCCCGGGGGCGAAUCCGUCGUGGACGCCCGAGGACAUUUCGAAGUGGGUAGCGGCACGAAACCCGCUGGAGAGGACGGGCAAGCCGCAGGACAUUGCGCGAGUGGUUGCGUUUCUGGCCAGCGAGGAUGGGGGUUGGAUCAAUGGUGAGUGUUUGACCCUUGCUUAA